UCUUUUUAAUUUAUAAAUAAUAUGAAAAUGUAACUCACACAUACAUAUCAACUAACAUAUCAUAUCAUAUCACUAUGGCUGUCUUGUAUACUCUGAAAUAAUUUCAGAGGUGAGGUUUUAUUUAAAUACAACGUGUGAUUAUCUAAUUCUAAUUAUAUAAAUAAAAAAAAUGGUAGUGGGUGUUUUUCCAGCUCUCAAAUUGGGAGUCUUAUUUGUUAAACAAAUUAGUAAACCUUUAGCAAAGUUCCUUGUUAAUCAAGCUAAAAAUCAUCCUGUAUUUAGGACAUAUUUUAUCAUACCACCUGCUCAAUUUUAUCAUUGGGCAGAAGUAAAAGCAAAAAUGUAUUUAAUGAAUCUUGGUAAACCAACAAAAGUUGCAAAGUUGAAUGAAACUAUGGCUAUUGAAUUGGGAGCCAAUUUAAUGGGUGAGGUUAUUAUUUUUAGUGUUGCUGGUGCUUGUUUAAUAUUAGAAUAUAAUCGUCAAGUAACAAAAGAAUCAAAAAAAGAAGAAGCACGUCUUCAACAAAUACAAACAUUUACAAAUGAUAUUAAAAAUUUAAAUCAAAUUACAUCUCAACAAGAAAGUGAAAUAGAAUAUUUGCAAGAAGUAAUUAAACAAUUAGCAAAACAUACAAAAUAUGAAUUGAUUAUAAAAUCAAAAACAAAAGAAUCAAAUAAAGAAAUGCAACAAUUUAAUGUUGAUAGAAAUCAAAAUACAAAUGUAAAUCCAAACAAUAAAAAAUCAUCAAUAAUUGAACGUGCUAUAUUAUAUUAUGAAAAUAAUGUAAAAACAGACAAUCUCAGUUAACUGAAAUUUUAUUUUAAAUUUUAUUAAUGAUUUUGAUAAUGUACUUAUAAUAUUAAUGAUACCAAAAAGAACAAAUACAUCUUUAUAAUCUCAUAGUGUAUAUAAAAAAUACUUUCCACAAUAUGUACAUGACUUUAUGUAGAAUUAAAAUCAUAUAUAACACUUUGUACAUUAAUAUUUUGUACAUUAUUAUUCAAAAUAUUUAAUAUUUUGUAUUUAUACUUAUACAUGUAGUUUUAUAUUUUAAUUUUUUCAUUAAUAAUUUUCAAAAACAAUAGGAAAAGAAAUAUUUUACUUUUAUAAAAGAUUUUUAAAUCAUACUAUUUUAGAUAGUAAAACACUGUAUCUAUUUAUAUUUAAUUAAAUUGUAUUAUAUGUUAUAUGAAAAAUAUGUUAAUAAUAAUGGUAAAAAAAGAAAUAUAUCUGUGUAUAUACAUUCACUAAUUGUUCAUAAAAAAUUUAUUUAAUAA